AUGGAAUAUCCUUCAGAUAAGUUCCAUGAGGUUGUGCGAGGGCCAUUGAACUAUCUGUUGUCAGCACCUGGAAAGGACUUCAGGAGACAGUUAAUAAGUGCAUUUAACCAAUCACUCCAAGUACCCGCGGACAAAUUGGAUGUCAUCAACCAUAUUGUGGAAUUAUUGCACACUGCGUCACUUCUGAUCGAUGAUAUUCAAGAUGAUUCAGAACUCAGACGAGGCCUUCCUGUUGCCCACAAAGUGUACGGGAUUCCGCAAACAAUUAAUUCAGCAAACUAUGCCUACUUUCUGGCCCAGCAAGAGCUAAUUCAUUUGAAGCCGGAUGCGUUUCAUGUCUUUACCGAAGAGCUUUUGAAUCUUCACCUGGGUCAGGGAAAGGAUCUUUACUGGCGUGAUUGUUUGAUUUGUCCGUCGGAGGAGGAGUACCUGACUAUGGUAUCCCAGAAGACAGGAGGCCUUUUUCGACUGGCUCUGAAGUUGAUGCAACUAGAGAGUGAUAGCUCAUUGGAUCUUCUUCCCCUUGCGGACAAACUCGGACUCAUCUUUCAAAUUCGCGAUGAUUAUCAGAAUCUACAGAGCAAAAGCUACACUGAUAACAAGGGCUUUUGCGAAGACCUGUCCGAGGGUAAGUUUUCAUUCCUCAUAAUUCACAGCGUUCGCUCCAAUCCCAACGACCAUCAGCUUCUGAAUAUUCUGCGACAACGGAGUACAGAAUACUCCCUGAAAUGCCAUGCUGUUCGAUAUAUGGAGUCGACGGGUAGCUUCCUGUAUUGUCGAAAGAAGCUUGCGUGUCUAGUUCAGGAAGCUAGGGAUAUGAUUGAAGGAUGCAUGGUGGAUGGGCAAGGCGACGGGAUCCAGAAGCUCCUGAAUUAUCUAGAUCUAAGUGAAGAGUAG